AAAUGCGAUCUGGAGGCGUGGUUCCCAUUCCAAGGCGCAUACAAAGAGCUCCUUUCCUGCUCGAAUUGCAUGGAUGACAGGCGGUUAGAUAUCUGUCGUGGUCUCAAAGUGAAGGACCAGCAACAGAAGGUCCACAUCCACAUGCUGAACGUAUGUGCGCAUCACACGUCAAUUCUAGAGCCAUUCAAGUGA